AAUCUGGAGUGGGCCAUGCCCAUAUAAAUACCUCAUCCUUAAUUCUCUCUCAUCUGCAAAAUCUAGGGUUUUUCCAUCUCCUCUUCCCGUGCGCAAUUUCCUGUAUUUUCCGGCAGAAAUGGCAGAUGAGGCGGUCUACGCUGCAGGAGGCGAAUCGAACAAGCGCAAGUACGAUGAUUCGCCGCCAGCUGUGGGGCGCAGGUCGACGGGGUUCUCGUCGCCGCCCGAUUCCGCCGCACCUCCGCCUUCGUACAACAACGUUCCGCCGCCCUUGAACGAGAUCGAGCUGGCUAAGCAGAAGGCGCAGGAGAUUGCUGCGAGGCUUCUGAACAACGCUGAUCCUUCGAAGAGAGCGAGAGUUGAGAACGGGGCUGGUGCCGGCGGUGGUUAUGAUGCUGUUGAUACAGGUGUUAGCCAUAAGCAUCCGGGUUUAGGUCUUGGUGGUCCAGCACAAAGUGCUUCAUAUGGCUACCCAGGUCCAAGCAAGAAAAUCGAUAUUCCAAAUGGAAGGGUUGGCGUGAUAAUUGGCAAAGGUGGCGAGACUAUCAAGUACCUCCAACUACAGUCAGGAGCUAAGAUUCAGGUCACCAGAGACAUGGAUGCAGACCCAAACUCUACUUCAAGAGCAGUUGAGCUUAUGGGAACUCCGGAUCAGAUAGCCAAAGCUGAGCAAUUGAUCAAUGAUGUUCUUAACGAGGCUGAUGCAGGUGGUUCUGGCAUAGUUUCCCGACGGUUGACUGGGCAGCAAUCUGGGGCCGAUCAAUUUGUUAUGAUGAUCCCUAAUAAUAAAGUGGGACUUGUUAUUGGUAAAGGAGGCGAAACUAUAAAAAGUAUGCAAGCUCAAACAGGGGCCCGUAUCCAGGUUAUACCUCUGCAUCUGCCCCCUGGUGAUAUGUCAAAGGAGAGGACAGUGCAAAUUGAUGGAACUAGUGAACAAAUUGAAGCAGCAAAACAGUUGAUUGAAGAAGUCACCAGUGAGAACCGCAUGAGAGGCCAAUCGAUGUCUGGAGGAUAUUCACAGCAAGGUUAUCAAGCUAGGCCACCUACUAACUGGGCGCAGCCGGGCCCACCUGGGCAACAACCCGGUUAUGGCUAUGUCCAGCCAGGUGCAUACCCUGGUCCACCACAAUACGGCAUGACUCAACCACCUUACUCUGGUUAUCCUCCUCAACCCACAUCCGGUGGGUACGGAGCCGGCUGGGAUCAAUCAUCAACUGCUCCUCAAAAUCAGCAAUCUGCUCAGGGAGGUGGCUAUGAUUAUUACAACCAACAGGCACCUUCCCAGCAACAGCAAGCUCAUGGGGGCCCUACUGCUCCGACUGAUGCUUCGGGCUACGGUUACAGUCAAGGACAAGGCGGCUACGGCCAUGAUGGUUAUGGUGGUUAUCAUGCUGGUGCAGCUCAAUCCGGUUACGGCCAGCAGAAUCCUAGUGCCGGAUACGAUCAACAGCAGCAAGGCUACAACUCUGCAUAUCCAACACCCGAUGGUCACACUCCUUCGUACGGAUCACAAGGCGACCCCAAUCAAGCCCCUGCUUCUGCGCAGUCGUACAACGCUGGUGGUCAACCCAGCCCGAACCCAAAUUACCCGCAUCAAGCUUCCAGCCAGCCCGGUUACGGGGCACAGGGUGGCUAUGGGAGCCAACCACCCUACGGAAAUUACGCGACACCUCCCCCGUCACAAAAACCUGGCAGCCAGCCUGCCGCUGCAUAUGCACAACCCCAGCAAUCACCAAGCGCACAAGGUGGUUCAUACGGUCAGCCCGGCUAUCCUCGUUCUCAGCCUCCACCUGCCCAGGCCGGCUAUGCUCACGCAGAUUCAGGUGCUCAGAGACCUCCAUCGUCCGGUUACCCAGCAGCAGCAUAUGGAGCCCCGCCUUACGGGGCAGCAGCAGCAGCAGCAGCAGCUCAACCUGGCUACGGCCAACAGCAGCCCUCGCAAUACGGUAGUGCUUAUGAUGCCACCCCGCCUCAAGCGGCCCAAUCAACCGGGGCUGCGAAAGCAUCGCCCCCGAGUUGAGUUGAUGAGUAAUGUAUUCUGUUUGUCAUGCUCGUAUCUAACUAGGUUUCUAGUGUACAACAACUAGAUGCUUUCUUGUUUUUGUUUUUCUGUUGUUGGUGGUUUGAGAUUUCGCA